AUGAGCUCUUCACGACCACUGGACAACGUCAACCCUACGAUCUUUGCUCCCACUAGUGCAUCAUCAUCAUCUCGUAGACCCAAAAAUGCCAGAGCACUGCUAUGGAACGACGCCCUGGACAACUACGAGUUGGAUUCGAGCGAAGAGGAGAGAGAGGAGAUUGACUCGCAAGAGAUUUUCGAUCUCCUGAGGUCAAUCACUGAUCCUGAACAUCCUGUAUCAUUGGAGCAAUUACGAGUCGUGAAUCCGGAGGACAUCCAUGUCGCUGGUAACAGGGUUCUCGUAUGGUUGACACCGACAAUCCCGCAUUGUUCCAUGUCCACGUUGAUUGGUCUCUCACUCCGAGUACGCCUUUUGCGCGCACUUCCGCCCCGUUUCCGAGUCGACAUCCGGAUCAAACCUGGUACUCACCAGUCUGAACACGCGGUGAACAAGCAGUUGAAUGACAAGGAACGAGUUCAAGCAGCAUUAGAGAAUCAACACCUUUUACAAGUAGUCGAAGGAUGCCUCGCUACGGCUUCACAGCGUGGUAUGCCGAGCUUGGAAGUCAAAGCGGAGGAAGAGCAAGGAUCAAAACCUGCUGCGAGGGGUACCAUGCCGUGGGUCGCAUGA